AUGAUUUUGAUCAAGCUCGUUUGCGCCGUGCUGUUUGACUGGGCCUUCUCCUUGCAGCUGACAAAAAUCACCAAGCAUUUUACGCGUGGAUCCAGUAAGCGCGUGCCGCACGUGGUAAUCACAGUUACGUGCUAUAACGAGAAUGAGGAGACGAUACGUGCAACACUCGACUCUGUCGCAAUGACCAAUUACGCGAGCAGCCGCAAGAUCCUGUUUAUUAUCGCUGACGGCGAUGUCGAGACCACGGACGAAAAAAACCGGACUACUCCGCAGAUACUGCGCAGCAUGAUUGUCCGCACUGACGACCUCGAGCCGAUUGUCCCGCUGCCAUACAUGGCCAUUGGUGAGGGCCCGCGCGAAUUCAACGCUGCCGAGGUCAUCCCGGGGUUCUACAUUAGCCCCAACGGCAUCACUGUUCCAUGCAUCCUCAUCAUUAAGGUCGGGACCAAGCGCGAGCGUGACAACAACAUGCCCAAGGCCGGAAACCGUGGCAAGCGCGACUCGCAGCUGAUUAUUCUGCAGUGGCUCCGUAACGUCAUGAUGAACGACCAUUUGACGCCGCUGGAGUUCGAGCUGUGCCGGUCGGCCACGCAGCUGGCCAAGCUGAACCCGGAUCAGUUUGAGUACUUGCUGAUGGUUGACGCCGACACGACAAUUGACAUCGAGUGCAUCCCGCGCCUGGUGGCCGCCAUGGAGCGCGAUCCGGGGAUCAUGGGCUUGUGUGGCGAGACGCGAAUUGCCAACAAGCGGGAGUCCUGGGUCACACGCAUCCAAGUCUACGAGUACUACAUAUCGCACCACCUGAGCAAGGCGUUCGAGUCGCUGUGGGGCGGUGUCACUUGUUUGCCGGGCUGCUGCUCCAUGUACAGGAUAUUCAGCCGCAAGGCGGAUUCGGGCUCAAUAGUGCCCCUUUUGAUAGCCCCCGAGGUCAUCGAGGCAUAUAGCAGCAACGAGACAUACACGCUGCACCAGAAAAACUUGCUCCUUCUGGGCGAGGACCGCUACCUGACCACUGUGUUGCUGCGCGCCUUCCCAAAGCGCAAGCUGAUCUACGUGCCUCGCGCCAUCUGCCGGACUACGGUUCCAAACAAGUUCUCUGUGCUGGUGUCACAGCGCCGCCGCUGGAUCAACUCCACCAUUCAUAAUCUGCUCGAGCUUAUCCUGGUCCAGGACCUGUGUGGCACAUUCUGCUGUUCCAUGCAGUUCCUUGUGCUCAUGGAUCUUCUGGGAAACGUAGUGCUACCGGCGUCGGUCAUCUUCUCUUUCUACCUGGUUGUCGCCCAGUGUGUCGGGUCCCCUGUUGCCCUGCCGCUGAUGCUCAUGGCCCUGGCAUUUGCGCUGCAGGGCGUGAUGAUUCUCAUCACCACCCAGCGAGUGUCGUAUAUAUACUGGAUGUGCAUAUACAUUGCUGCCAUCCCCCUGUGGAAUUUUGUCAUGCCCGUGUACGCGUUCUGGCGCUUUGACGACUUUUCCUGGGGCAAGACGCGCAUGGCCGGGCCCGAGGACAAUAAGGCUGACUUUAUCACCGACGAUGAGCGUUUGGCGCUCGAGCCCAUCCCACUGAUGCGCUGGAAGGAUUGGAUGCGCGACAACCUGGGCCUUGACGACAAUGCGACAUACAGCAAUUUACAGCAAGGCGCGACAGCAGGAGCGGGGGCGGCAGCGGCAGCAGCAGCGGGAGAAAGGGGAGGCCCAGAGAAUCUGCAGGCCACUCGAGCAAGCCAGAGGGCUCUUGGUCAGACAGUCCUCACGCCGAUGCCUGUUCGUCCCGUUGCAAACAUGGCAGUUGCCAAUUUGCCAACUCCAAUUGCUCGUCUCAAAAGCAAUGCCGCUCGCGCACUGCAUCAAUAA